AUGCCGGCUAAUGAAGAAGUUGUUGAUAAUCAGACCUCCGCACAAUCAGUUAACCAAGUCGAUCAUCAUCAUCCUCUGUACAUUCACUCAUCCGAUACACAAGGUUCUGUUCUCAUCUCUAUUCAGCUACAAGAUCUAAGGGAACGAUUUGACAAAGUAAAUGCAUCUAGAGCAGUUUAUCUACAUAAGAAAAUUGCUACCUUAAUACAAGGAGUAUCCUUUAUGUCUGUGUAUUUCUCUCGAUUGAGGGAACUCGGGGAUGAGUAUGAAACACUCAUUCCUCCACCUUCAUGUGGUUGUCCUGAGUCAAAGAAGCAUGUAGAAUACUAUCAGCUUCAAAAGAUUUAUCAGUUUCUCAUAGGCCUCAAUGACUCCUAUGAGAAUGCCAAAAACCAGGUGCUAAUGACUCGACCAUUACCUAAUCUAAACCAAGCCUAUGCCAUGAUAAUCAAUGUAGAAAGCCAAAGGAUCACCGGAAAAAAUGUGUAUGAUUCUAAUAAUAACAAUAAAACUGCUGCUAUGAUGAGUAAUAGAGCUCAGAAUGGUGGCCAGAAUGGAGGAUCUAACAAUUCUGGAGGUUAUACCAACAUUGGCUACUCUAGAGGUGACAAACCUAAGAAUUUCUUCAACGAAUCAAUAAUUUAG